AUGUUGAAGUUGUGGCUCGGGCUCGCGCUAACGGCUGAUUCAUCGGCUUUAUUCAGGGAUCGUAAUAGUUUUGGGAUGAAUCUAAAAAGACCAUCGGAGCUCUACAAACACCUAAGAGUUUCCAAGAGACAUAUCCUGGGAAAAUCCCAUGAUGACGUCGUUACAUCACUCCCAAAAGACAAUGAUGCCCCAGAGCUAGAGUCACGACUUCAAUUCCAUAAACAAUUUAUGAUCGGAGCGCAAAAUAACAGAGUAGGGUUAGGAUCAAGUAGGAAAGUCCAAGAUACGGAUAUAUUGAAGUCUUUUAUUCGGCAAGACGAGAACGAUAAAUACAAGAUCCAUGCAAUGAGUUUAGAAAUGCAGAACGAGUGGUUAGACAUAGGAGAUUUUUUGCAUUCCACUAGCACUAAAAUGGCGCACCCUAAUUCAUGA